AUGAGCUACCCCGCGCCUACGAUUUGGAAGACGGGAGACCGUCGCCGCCAUUCCGCCAAGUUGGACUCCGCCAACCCACCUCCAUCCUCGCUCGCGUCCGCCACGGUCGCCACGGUCGCCACGGCAGCAGCAACGACAGCCGCCGCCAGGGAAGAACGACCAGGCUUCGAUCCCACGGACGCCGUCACCAGCGGAAAGCCAGCAAGUCUCAAUUCCGAGCUCGUUGACGCCCUGACGCCGUCCACCGCGCCCUCGUCCCCCGCCUCUUCUUCCUCGCGCCCUGCACCGCCGCCAGAAAGGCAACUCAGCCCGCCACCGCAGUAUCUUGCCUCGGAAACCUCGGACGCCUCUCCGUCCUCCUUCCGGCCCGGUCCGCCCCCGUUCUCCAGCCUCGUCGCCGCUCCCGCUCCGUUUGUGAUCCCCGGCGGCCGCGACUCCGACAGCGACGACGGAGACGACCCGUCUAGCCUCGAGCUCUUCGAGUCCGCAGCCGCGCCAGCCUACGCGCCCCUAGCCUCGGGGUCCAGCGAUCCGUCGGGAAGCUGCUCCUUCCAGGACGAGACCAAGCGCUCGCUCCCACGCGACAGCAAAAGAGAAGGCGAGCCCUCGCGCAGCAGCAAGGACGCUGACGAUUCCGAACCGCCGCCGGCAUACGAGGAGGGAUUCAGUCCCCUCCAGUCUUUCAGCUAUCUGAUGGCGGCCGCAGGAGGAGCCUCGAGUAUAAUUACUCAGGUCCAGCAAGGGGGGCCACCCAUCAACUCUAUCGGAGAUGUUGGCGCCGACGAGACAAUCACCAUGGACCUUCGUGGUACCCGUUUCAUGCUCUCCAGAGAUGAGCUGCUAACGCUGCCGGAAUUUGUCCUCUUGUCGCUCUUUCCUAAUGGACUCUUCCCAGAGGGUCACAUGGGCGGCUUCGCCGAUGGCGAUGCCGUCCAGGUCGAUUACGACCCGGCAUCGCUCCAAUACAUGUUGGACUUCUUCCGCAACGUGGCACAGACAAUCCCCACGGACUCGUCGCCCAGCGCGUCGCAGGACGGCGAGAUGGUGCCGAUCGAACCCAUGAGUGCCGGCCGCGAUGACUCCUCUAAGAGGGCGGGCAUCAUUGUGCUGCGCGAGGAUCUCGACUUCUACGCCAUCCCCCCGAGAGCCGAUAUCAAGCAGCCCGACAUGAUCGAGGUCAAGCGAGCCGCGGCCAGGGCGCUGCUUAAGCAGGACGGCAUCUUCAGCGGCCUCAAGCGGAGUGAUGAGCCCGGCACCACCGAGGCUCACCUGAUUGAAAUGCUUACGGCUGGUGGUUUCGAUCACGAUGACAUCUGGGGUCACCGUGCUGGCGAGCCCAACAAGGCGGUAAUCUGCAGCCUGGCACUGGCGCGCCUGCGUAGUGACAUCCGUGGUAACGACAUGGGGAACAAUGCAGUGGGCAUGGCGCAGAAGCUGCUCCUCUUCUGGCGGAAGCCUGCGCGCCGGUGUUGGUGGGAGGGUGUCGAGCUCGACAACGUCGAAGGCGUUGAGGGCAAGCUCAAAGUUUGGAUUCGCAGGGUCUGGACUCUUGAGAUGAGCGUUAUCGGUCUUCGCUGA